UGAAUGAUUUAGGGUUUUGAGAUCAGACAGCUAUAAGAAUCAAUGAUUUAUUUUGUAGAUAUUUCAUUGAAUGGGUUUGUUAGCGUUGGUGGUUAUUGAACGUUUAUUGUGUAUGUAUAUAUUCAGGGGAUCAAGAUAUUGAGAGGCUAUAGAUAAUGGCAGGCCAAGGUCGAGGGAGAAAAAAAUCUCAGCAGAAAAAGUCCACAAAAAGAAACAGUGCUCCUGUAGAAGAGCAGCAUGUAUAAGAACUUUCAACAGAGAAUGAUAGUGAUGAUCUGUCAGCACACGGAAUUGAGUCUGAUAAUCAGGGAACCGAUAAUCAGUCUGCAUCAUCUCAGGAGUGCCAACCACUGCCACCUGAUGAGCUAUGUUUCAAGAACACCGAGUUCACCCAGACGUGUAAGAUACAGAGCAAGUGUUAUGUGACCGAGACGGUGAAGUUUCUGAAGAAGGCUAGGUUUAAGCCUGAGCUCGAGUGGUUUGAAAACCACCCUCAGUUUUGCCAUUUUUUCCACAUGCCCGAUGAACCAAACUUGAAGCUGCAGGGUAUGUGGAUGCUUCUACUGCGCACUGUUCCUUUACAUGAGUCAGAGGACACAUCUUGGUUUGCUGUUAAUGGAGUGCCCAUUCGGUAUUCAAUGAGAGAGCAUGCUCUCAUCUCGGGAUUGGACUGCCAUGACUACCCGGCUAAGUAUAAGAAGAUUGGAAGCUUUGCGUUUGUAGACAGGCAUUUCAAAUCACAUAAGGAGAUCACUAUGCUAUCUGUGAGAGAGAAGUUGUUGAGUAUGAGUGCGUGUGGGGAUCGACUCAAAAUGGCAGUGCUUUACUUCUUAGGCACGAUUAUCAGAGCGAGGGGAAGGUAUAAUGCCCCGUUCGACCCUUUCGUAUUAAGAAUCGUCAACGAUGUGGAGGUUUGUAAAACCUUUCCUUGGGGUCGGUUGACGUUUGAAGAUGCUCUCCGGUCCAUCACUCACGUGAUGAAGCAUCUGAAAGGGAAACCUAAGAAUAAUGUCAACUUUCCCGGGUUCAUAAUUCCUUUGGAGAUCCUGGCAUUUGAGUGUAUUCCAGCUCUGAAAGCACGAUUUAGAGAAGGUGUAGAAGGCUGUAUGAGUAAGUGUCCGAGGAUGUGUAAAAAGCGGUUCCAAAGUAACAGCAUGAAGGGUUAUCCUCUUGAGGAUUUGUACGACACACUAGGAGAAAUUAAGGUUAUUGAAAGUGUUCUUGUUCCUACUGUUGAUGAGGAACCUCUCAUGGCACGCUUAAUGGAUGGGGAGCCAGACUAUGAAAAUGAAGAAGGCGUGAGUAAUUUGUGGAGCACGUGGUUGACUGUUAAGGAGAAGCCUAUCUUUUGGCAAGAACUCUAUGAGUUAGAUGUGGCUGCAAGGGAGUUUCCUCAGAAGAAAGACAAAAGGAAAGUGCAUGAAGAAGCAUCCUCCUCUAAUACAAGUUUGGAGGACGUUUUGAAAGGGUUUGAAGAGAGGUUGAUGACAAGUUUGAGUGAAGUGAAUGGGAAGGUGGAAAAAAUGAACAAGAGACUUGGGAAGAUUGAACGUUGCCAAGUUGUUUUAAAAAAGAGGUGUAAAAGGAUGAAGGCAAUGGAGAAGAAGCUUGAGAAGAUUGAAGAUUGCCAAUAUUAUUUAAAAAAGAAGGCCAAGAAGGUGGAGAAAGAAAUGAAGGAAAUGAAAGAGAAGGAGGAGGAUAAGGAGAACAAUGACGGUUUCGACUAUCAAGGCAUGGAUUAUGACUGGGGUGGACAGCGGAAUGACAGCAAUGGAGCGGACGCAACAACCAAAGAACCUGUAGAUGAAGAUAUGGUUGAAAAUACAGAGGUGGUAGAAGAGAAAGAGAGUGAAGAAGACGCUCAGAAGGACGAUAGAGGUUCUGAGGAAGAGACAGAACCUGAACCUGAAGCAGAAGCAGAAGCUGAAGAAGACAAAGAAAAAGAGGAUGAGGAAGAGAGUGAAGAAGAGGCUCAGAAGGAACCUGAUGAGGUUCAAGAUGAGGUUGAGAUGAAUGAAGCCAAUGAGAUUGAAGAAGAGGUUGAAACAGAGGCUCGGGUUGAAGUUGAAACCGAGAAAACUGCUACACCACCACGUGGUAGGACUAAGGCAGCAGCCGCGAGGAGACAAAUCCUAACAACACCAGAGAAGUUGUUCGGAAAGGCUGAAAAAAUGGUGGAGGAAGAGAUGAAAGAACCUGAGGAAGAGGGUGAAAAAAUGGUGGAGGAAGAGGUGGAAGAACCUGAGGAAGAGGGUGAAAAAAUGGUGGAGGAAGAAGUGGUAGAGCCUGAGGAAGAGGCUGGAAAAAUGGUGGAGGAAGAGGUGGAAGAACCUGAGGAAGAGGCUGGAAAAAUGGUUGUCUACGAAGGCAGUACUUGUGAAACGAAGGAAGCUGACAAGGGAGCAGCCAAGCCUUCUGGAACUGGGGUCAAGCAUAGGCCAAAACAAAUGGCAUUGAGGAAGCACGCUACUAAGCAGGCUCCUAAGCCGAGGGGUAGACCGAGAAAGGAUACUGAACCAAAGAAGUUCACAACGCCAGAACAGACAAAAAGGAUACGUUCACGUUCACAGUGGGUUUCCACUCCUUUCACUGAAGCUAACACUGAUGAGAUUGAAGGGCGCAAGAAGAAGCCUAGAACAAAGGCGUAGAAGACAAGAAGCUUAAAAUAUUUUGGGUGUUAAGUAUUUAUCUCGGAUUUGUUGUGAACUUAUGUAAGAAGUUAUGUUUUGUUGCUUGCUGGUCUGUAAAACUUGAAUGAUAUCUCUUAUGUAGGAUGCUCUGUGUUGUGUGAUUGUCUUGCAGCAGGUUUGGCCCAAUUGAGGACAAAACGAUCUAAGUCUUAAGAAAACACAUUUGUACUACUAGGUUUAUUAUGUAUUAC